AUGGAGAUAACCCUGGUGCCCCUGGAGAACGGCACUGCCAUGACCGUCCGAGGAGGAGGUGAGACCCGAGCAGGCUGUGGCCAGGUCACAGAGGGAGAGCUCCAGUGUCCUCGGACGGCUGGACUCAACGAAGGAGGCAAAGAGCCGGCACCAAAGGGGCUCAGCGCGCACAGGGGCGCGGACUUGGGAGGGCGACCUUUGCCACCUCUACCCCGGGAGCUGCCUCAGCCUAGAUCUCCACCUCCAGAGGACGAGGAAGCAGAAGGCGACCCCGCCCUGGGCAUGGCAGAGGACCAGGCGCUGGGCGCCGGGUCCCUUCACCACCAGCGCGUCCUCAUAAACAUCUCUGGGCUGCGCUUCGAGACGCAGCUGGGCACUCUGGCACAGUUCCCCAACACCCUCCUGGGGGAUCCGGCCAAGCGCCUACGCUAUUUUGACCCGCUGAGGAACGAGUACUUCUUCGACCGCAACCGGCCCAGCUUCGAUGGCAUCCUCUACUACUACCAGUCCGGGGGGCGGUUGAGGAGGCCCGUCAACGUCUCGCUGGACGUGUUCGCAGAUGAGAUUCGCUUCUAUCAGCUGGGGGACGAGGCCAUGGAGCGCUUCCGGGAGGACGAGGGCUUCAUUAAAGAAGAGGAGAAGCCCCUGCCCCGCAAUGAGUUCCAACGACAGGUGUGGCUUAUCUUCGAAUACCCGGAAAGCUCAGGGUCCGCUCGGGCCAUCGCCAUCGUUUCAGUUUUAGUCAUUCUCAUUUCCAUCAUCACAUUCUGCUUGGAGACCUUGCCUGAAUUCAGGGAUGAGCGAGAGUUGCUUCGCCAUCCCCCGGUGCCCCAGCAGCCUCCUGCUCCUGCCACCAGUGCCAAUGGCAGCCGGGCAAUGUCGCCUCCCUCUGGUCCGACAGUGGCACCGCUUCUGCCUAGGACCCUGGCUGACCCCUUCUUCAUUGUGGAGACCACAUGUGUCAUCUGGUUCACCUUCGAGCUGCUGGUUCGCUUCUUCGCCUGCCCUAGCAAGGCAGAGUUCUCUCGGAAUAUCAUGAACAUCAUCGAUGUGGUGGCCAUCUUUCCCUACUUCAUCACCUUGGGCACUGAGCUGGCAGAGCAACAGCCAGGGGGUGGAGGAGGGAGUGGCCAGAAUGGGCAGCAGGCCAUGUCCCUGGCCAUCCUCAGAGUAAUCCGCCUGGUCCGGGUGUUCCGCAUCUUCAAGCUCUCCCGCCACUCCAAGGGGCUCCAGAUCCUGGGCAAGACCUUGCAGGCCUCCAUGCGGGAGUUGGGGCUGCUCAUCUUCUUCCUCUUCAUUGGAGUCAUCCUCUUCUCCAGCGCCGUCUACUUUGCAGAGGCCGACAACCAGGAGACCCACUUCUCCAGCAUUCCGGAUGCCUUCUGGUGGGCAGUCGUCACUAUGACCACGGUGGGCUAUGGGGACAUGAGGCCUGUUACUGUUGGGGGCAAGAUCGUGGGCUCACUAUGCGCUAUUGCUGGGGUCCUCACCAUCGCCCUCCCUGUGCCCGUCAUCGUCUCCAACUUCAACUACUUCUACCACCGGGAGACAGACCAUGAGGAGCAGGCAGCCCUUAAGGAAGAACAGGGCAGCCAGAGCCAGGGGAUGGGGCCUGAUGGUGGAAGCUUGCGCAAGGCCAGCUGGAGCAAAGUUUCCCUUGGCAAGGCUGGGGGGUCCCUGGAGAAUGCAGACGGAGCCCGAAGGGGCAGCUGCCCCCUGGAGAAGUGCAAUCUCAAGGCCAAGAGCAAUGUGGACUUACGGAGGUCCCUGUAUGCUCUCUGCCUGGACACCAGCCGGGAAACAGAUCUGUAA